CUUGUCACAAUCUUCAACACCCAAUCCACCUGUCUUUCUUCUCCAGCUUUCUAGACCUUCCUCCACAUUCCUCUCUCUCUCUCUCUCUCUUUCUCUCUGUGUCUGCAUCCGACUCCUUUUUCUACAGCCACCACGCCAUGGCCUCUCUCAUCUCUCACUCAACUCUCCAAGCUCUCCAAUGGCGUCUCUCUCCAUCGCUUCACAUUACUCCAUUUCCUCAUGGCCUCCCAAGAAUAGCAACACCAGUACCACCCUCUCAUCUUUCAACAAAACCCCAUUUCGUAAAAACACCCAAAAUCUCACCUUUUCGAAAAAACGCCAUCAUUUUCUCACGUUUUCCAUGAAAAAUGACCAGGAAAACGAACCCACUUCUUCUUCGUCGCCGUCGUCGGCUGUUGCAGUUUCCGAGAAGCCGAGCGACGGCAGUGAGACCCAGGAGAGUGAAUUGCCAGCAGAAGGAGCUGACUCUGAGUCUGAUGAGGAGAAAGAGAAGCAGCUGGAGACGGAUUGGAAGACGGACGAGGAGUUCAAGAAGUUCAUGGGAAAUCCUUCGAUUGAAGCUGCAAUAAAGUUGGAGAAGAAAAGGGCAGAUAGGAAACUCAAGGAUCUUGAUAGGGAAAGUAGUGGGAACCCAUUUGCAGGGAUCCUGAACAAAGUUUUGCGUGACAGUUUGACCAGAGAGAAGGAGAGGCUGGAGAAAGCUGAAGAGACGUUCAAGGCAAUUGAUCUUAACAAGUUAAGGAGUUGUUUUGGGUUUGAUACAUUUUUUCCAACUGAUGUUCGGAGAUUUGGAGAUGGAGGCAUUUUUGUUGGAAAUUUGAGGAGACCAAUUGAAGAGGUCAUGCCCAAAUUAGAGCAAAAGCUAUCUGAAGCGGCAGGAAGAGAAGUUGUGUUAUGGUUCAUGGAAGAAAAAACUAAUGACAUCAGAAAACAGGUCUGUAUGGUGCAACCCAAAUUGGAAAUUGAUCUGCAGUUUGAGUCAACCAAGCUGAGCACUCCUUUGGGUUAUGUGAGUGCAGUAGCCUUAUGUGUCGCCACGUUUGGGACCGUAGCUCUAAUAAGUGGCUUCUUCCUGAAACCUGAUGCUACAUGGGAUGACUACCUUGCCAAUGUUGUGCCCCUCUUUGGUGGCUUCCUAUCUAUUUUGGGAGUUUCUGAGAUAGCGACUAGAGUGACAGCUGCUCGUCACGGUGUAAAACUCAGUCCAUCUUUUCUUGUGCCAUCCAAUUGGACAGGCUGUUUAGGAGUGAUGAAUAACUAUGAAUCACUGCUUCCAAACAAGAAAGCGCUUUUUGACAUUCCAGUGGCACGCACGGCUAGUGCAUAUCUCACAUCACUGGUGCUUGCAAUUGCUGCUUUUGUGGCUGAUGGAAGCUUUAAUGGGGGUGACAAUGCAUUGUAUAUAAGGCCGCAAUUCUUCUUUAAUAAUCCCUUGCUUUCUUUUGUCCAAUUUGUUAUUGGUCCUUACGCGGAUGACCUUGGAAAUGUGCUGCCCUAUGCAGUGGAAGGUGUUGGAGUUCCUGUUGAUCCCCUUGCCUUUGCUGGACUUCUAGGGAUGGUGGUGACUUCUCUGAACUUGUUGCCAUGUGGGAGACUCGAAGGAGGCCGGAUUGCACAAGCUAUGUUUGGGAGAGGUACGGCUGCUCUGCUAUCGUUUGCCACAUCGCUUUUACUUGGGAUUGGUGGCCUAAGUGGAAGUGUCCUUUGCCUGGCAUGGGGAUUAUUUGCCACCUUCUUCCGGGGUGGAGAAGAAAUGCCUGCGAAAGAUGAAAUCACCCCCAUGGGAGACGAUAGGUUUGCUUGGGGUUGUGUCCUCGGCCUUAUCUGCUUCCUCACGCUUUUCCCUAACAUCGGAGGGACGUUCUCCAGCUCAUUUUUAAGUGCACCAUUUUUCAGGGGUGAUAUGUAAAUAGGUCGAACGUACUGUAUCUUCGCAUGUUCCGGUAGGCUGAUGACCGUAUUUCAAUAUCAUUAGGGUUCUUGUUCUGGAUUUCAAGUUUAUAGGGUUUUGAUGUGAAAACUAAAAAUGAUGCAAUAUCAUGUGUUAAAGUUAAAACGUAAGAUGACGCGUGU